GAAACGUACAAACAGUGAUCUUCUCCAACCGCAUCUUCAAAGUCCGCCAUUUCUUUGGUCCCUAUCUCUAGAACUUAUGCUUCAUUCCCUGCCGAGCAUCACAUAUCACAACGGAUAUCCGUUAUAUUCUCAGGUGCCUUGACUACCCGUACCACCGAGAUGUCAGGAAUUCGCAUCAUGAUGUCAACCUUGCUCUUCUGCACAGCUGAAGACGCUAAACCUUUUAUCCACCGGAUCUUGGCCGGAAACAAUCUGUACCUGGUCCAGUCACGUAAUCUGCCCAAUGAUCGCAGCGGCUUCAAGAUGCUGUUAAAUGAGGGGGAGGACUUUGAGACCGAAUUUAUUGGGGCUUCUCCAGAAGAAUGCCAAAAAUGGACGCGAGAGAAGUCAGUGCAGGUGGACUUUAUCCACCAAUACGUUCUGGUUAUCGCAGAUGAGCGCACCUCUAGGGAUGGCACGAUCUUGGUCCAAUGGUUCAAUGAAGACCUGGGCGACGAGGAGCCUCUUGAGUUUCCACCUUACGGUGUUCUUCCCAAGACAAACACGUGGUAUGACUUUAGGAUUGAUCCUAAAGCAUUCUUCAGACUGUUUGCUGCUCUGGAAAGCACGUCACCAGAUGUAGCAUACCCUACCUACUAUGGCCGCAAAGACGAGCUCACGGAUGAAAACGGUGUGUUCGAUGUUAUUAAGGCGGUCCGUACUAUAGUUGGGGAGAAGGCUAGUGCAUUUCAAUGUCUCUACCGCGUAAAGAAUAGAGACACAGGGAUUUGGGAGACGUAGAUUCCAGAGGAGGGAUCAUGGCUAGGCCCCCGAAAAAAAGGUGCUAGCCCAUUGUUCCUAAAGUUUGUCACCAACCAAUACAGGAUAAGCAGGCGGUGGAUUCUACUCCAGAAACCAGGCGAUGAAAAAUGAACUACAUUGCCCUAUCCGCUAGCUACUUCCUAGCUCCAGUCACCGGCAAGUGAACUUGAAACUAGUGUAUAAAUGUAGUUGCUAAGCUAGGGC